AUGACGUUCUCCCAACUAAUGUCUCCCCUCACAUUUCCAAGCUCUGGAUUUGACUUGACUGAUGCCUCUGAAAGUAUUGAGGAAGAAACCCUGCCGACGUAUAAGGCAGAGAAGUAUUACCCGGCUCGAAUAGGCAAAAUUUUCAACGACAGGUAUCAGAUUGUUUGGGAACUAGGAUACGGAGUGACAUCGACACCGAACCAUGAGAUUAGAAUCUACAGUCAUCUCAAUUCCGUUCAAUCUCGAUCUGGCCAUCCCGGCAAAAAGCUCUUUCGACAACUAUACGACUCAUUCGAAGUGAUUGGCCCAGAUGGCACUCACGUGUGCCUUGUUCAACAACCAUUGGGAUUGAGUCUGGAACAGAUGCUCGACCUUCGGCCUGCCGGGACUCUGGCUAUACAACUUUUAAAACCUCCGUUACGACAGAUCCUGGGGGGGCUUGACUUCCUACAUUCAGCCAACAUUGUGCAUACAGAUCUCCAAUCCAGAAACAUGCUUCUUGAGAUUGACGAUCCUAAUGUGUUCUCGGUAUUCGAAGAGGCUGAGUUGAAACACCCCGCGCCGAGAAAGGUCCUCGGCGAUCGCGUUAUUUACAAGAGCCGGCGGAUUCCCCGCACACGGUGCCUUCCUAUUAUAACAGAUUUUGGCGAGGCCAGGUUCGGUGAUGAAGAUCACAGAGGACAGGAUGUUAUGCCAGAUGUCUACAGGGCACCAGAGGUUAUUCUCAAGAUGAAUUGGGACAAUAAAGUUGAUAUUUGGAGCAUUGCUAUGGUAUUUUGGGACCUCGUAGCUGGGCGUACCCUCUUCCAAGCCAGGAAUGAUCAGCGACUUCUGGACGAUACACUCCACCUUGCAGAGAUGGUUGCUAUCAUGGGACCUCCUCCCAGGGAGUUUUUGGAACGAUGUGAGACGAGUUCUAUAUGGUGGGAUAAGAACGGUCAAUGGAGAGGUUUUGCACCCAUCCCUGACAUCUCCCUCGAAAGGCUUGCAGACGAUCUCGAGGGAGAUACCAAAAAGGGAUUUCUGGAGUUUCUUCAAAGGAUUCUAUGCUGGAUGCCUGAGCAAAGGCCGACUGCGGAAGAGCUCGUAUUUGACCCCUGGUUGAUGGAGGGGCUUCAUUUAAGGAAAACCACCUAG